AUGGCUCUCAAGUACUUUCUAUUAACCAUUGCCAUAUUGGCUGUGGUGACUUCAAUAAGCCAUGCAUCUGAUCCUAGUCCUUUACAAGAUUUUUGUGUUGCUGUUAAUGAUUCCAAGUCUGCUGUUUUCGUGAAUGGGAAAUUUUGCAAGGAUCCAAAGGAUGUUACUGCAGAUGACUUCUUUAGACCAGGGUUAAAUGUACCUGGGAAUACUUCAAAUCAACUUGGAUCUGUUGUGACUGCUGUGAAUGUCAACAACUUGCCUGGACUCAACACUCUAGGCAUUUCUUUAGCUCGUAUUGAUUUUGAACCGUACGGUCUCAACCCACCUCAUACUCACCCUCGAGGAACUGAAGUUCUUGCUGUCCUUGAGGGCACGCUCUACGUUGGAUUUGUUCUUUCGAACCCUGGUCCAAAUAUGAAGAACAAACUCUUUACCAAGAUUCUACAUCCUGGAGAUGUGUUCGUUUUUCCAAUAGGUCUGAUACAUUUUCAGUUUAAUGUGGGAAAGACCAAGGCCGUUGCAUUUGCUGGACUCAGUAGCCAAAAUCCAGGAGUCAUCACCAUUGCAAAUGCAAUAUUUGGUUCAGAUCCACCUAUCAAUGAUGAUGUUCUUGCAAAAGCAUUCCAAGUUGACAAGAAAGUUGUGGAUUAUCUCCAAUCACAAUUCUGGUGGGACAACAACUAA